AUGGGCAGCACGGAAUCCCCAACGCCCGUGCAUGCUCCUGUGUGCUCGAUUGUGAACGAAGGCCCAGCAGCUCCUGCCACUGACCCGAAGCCGAAGAAGAAGAUAUGCUGCGCUUUCCCUGACACCAAGAGGUUCAGAGAUGAGUGCAUCGUCGAGUACGGGGAGUCUGCGUGCACCAAAUGGAUCGAAGCUCACAGGCAAUGCCUCCGUGCCGAGGGGUUCAAGGUCUGA